CUUCUUUCUGAGACGAAAAUAAAAACGAAGAAGAAGAAAUGUUGAAAUGCUUCAAGGCUUGUGUUAUUGAUGAUGAAGAUCCUCGUCGCGUUAGGGAGAACACCCCAACAUUCAUGGCAUGUGUCAUAAGGGUGGAUACUGAGCGAAGUCGGUGGCAUAAACAUGUGAACAAAGUACUCAGAAGCAUCCACGGUAUACGCCAAGCAGUAAUGGGUGACGAUGAACUGUUGGAAAUAUCAGGAUACGUGGAUCAAAGUUCGCUGUUGAAAGCCAUAGAAAAGGCAAAAACGAAAAUGGAACUGAAAUAUAUUCAAUUUGGACAAUGUUCGAGUAAUCUUUAUGGACCAGACCGUAGACAGUUUCGGAGCCAAACCACGGCAGCUACACCUCCUCCUCCUCCGCCUCCGGCAGCCCACUUCGGCCAUCCUCGUAUCGGUCGGCCGGCCAGUAUUGGUUGGCCUAUUCGUUCUCAAGGUCCUCUUCGUCAUCCGGGUCAACUGCCUUAUAACACAGAUAUGCCUCCGUUAUACUAUGAUGGUAAUGAAGGUUGUCGCAUGAUGUAAAUCACAGUUUUCUUUUUUUUUUUUUUUAACUUUUAGUCGCUAGGUUUUUUUUCCUGCUUUUCAUGAUUUGAAUAAGUACUUCAAGCAAAUGAUGUUUAGUUCAUUUCGUUCGAAG